GAAGAGGUGCAGAUCUGUGUGGGUGGAAAAGCUCUUGAUGGUUCAAUAUCACAUAAUAUUGCUGGCAAUUGAGAGACCAGCAUUUCAGUCCAAAUCAUGACCAUGGCUUCUUUGUGCAGAAAAUGUGCUCAGAUCGAGUGCUAUUUUGGGUUUUCUUACGGGCCUGCCGGGCCUUAAUUGAGGGGUUGCAGAAAAACGUGGCAAAGAGCCUCUUCCCGCGGAUUGAUUUAUGGGUGCAAUGAUUCGGUGCCGCAAAGGCGGGCUGAGGGAUCGCCGAUUGAGUUGAGCGAGGCAUGAUGUCUUGGAGGAUUCGAUUCGUCGAAAGACAAUGUAUGAUUACGUAGCAUAUGCGAGCAAGAGGUUAUGGAGGGAUGUUGAGGACGAAUCGCCCACCAUUGCUCCAAAUAACCUGGUACAGGAUCCCAUUGGUACAGCUGGCGCAUACCUGUGUGCGAAUUCACCCAGUGGAUGGGCACACAAAUGUCCAGUGUACAAAGUAUCGAAGGGGACAAAGGCACGAAGAAGCACAUUCUCAUUCUGCCCGAUCGAGUUGCAGUCACAUGUGGGAUUUCGACUGCAGCCAGUGUGGACAUGCCAAUGAUACCAGUCCGAAUUUGUACUUGUGGUUAGCAUCGUUAGACUCAGGGGUUGUUGACGAUGUACCUCUUCUGCUGUUAUCACACCCGGAGGGAGGGGUGAGAUCUGCGUUGGUUAGAAGACUCUAUUCCAGCUUCUUCCUGGGGGAUGAGUUCAAAAAAUUCCUAGCGAUCUGUCUAAGCAGACCAAAAGUCCAAAUGAUUGGAUGUGAAGCACGGUCUUCGCACCCCGCGACAGGGAUCUGCCGUACCGCUGGGCUGGAACCGGGCUAGAUAAGCGGAGACAAUUUCUGGCAGCGGUGCGUGCGUCGUGGGUCGGGCGCUUCCUCGAACACACGCAGCCUGUUGUUUGAAGUUGGUCGACAGGGGUGCGAAACCGGUCUGGUGGUGAUUGGAAGAAAUGAGAGAAGAACGAUGGCCACCUGGAGGAUCUUU